AUGACUGUGAUUAGUAACAACGUUAAUUGUCUGUUUCUCCCCACGCCGGACCCGUGGCCUGGACUUGCCCCUGACCGGAUCAACGCGGGUUUUGCCUCUGACAUUCGCACCCAUCAGCAAGUGAGUAACUCCAGCGUGGGCGUAGACCUGGAGUUCUACCCCAAGCCCACCAUUUCCCUCAGCCCCAGUGGGGAGCUGGCGCCAGGGUCGGACGUCUCUUUCUACUGCCACGGCUCGCGGUCGCGCGUGCGCUUCCGGCUGUACCGGGCGGGGGUGGCACUGAGGCACACGGAGCCAGCCAGCUCUACGGCCGAAUUCCGCAUCGCCAACAUCCGGCGGGAGGACGGGGGCAGCUACACCUGCCUCUACGAGAGCCUGACGGAGCCGCCCAGCGUGUCCCACCCCAGCGACCCCAUAGAGCUGGUGGUAGCAGGACGCAGCCGGCUCCCACCCGCCCAGGCAGCGCAGGGGGAGCUGGCGCCAGGGUCGGACGUCUCUUUCUACUGCCACGGCUCGCGGUCGCGCGUGCGCUUCCGGCUGUACCGGGCGGGGGUGGCACUGAGGCACACGGAGCCAGCCAGCUCUACGGCCGAAUUCCGCAUCGCCAACAUCCGGCGGGAGGACGGGGGCAGCUACACCUGCCUCUACGAGAGCCUGACGGAGCCGCCCAGCGUGUCCCACCCCAGCGACCCCAUAGAGCUGGUGGUAGCAGGUGCUGAUUCUGGUGGUCCCUGGAGACCCUACCCCACCCGGCCUAGGACGCAGCCGGCUCCCACCCGCCCAGGCAGCGCAGGGACAGAGUUCUACCCCAAGCCCACCAUCUCCCUCAGCCCCAGUGGCGAGCUGGCGCCAGGGUCAGACGUCUCUUUCUACUGCCACGGCUCGCGGUCGCGCGUGCGCUUCCGGCUGUACCGGGCGGGGGUGGCGCUGAGGCACACGGAGCCGGCCGGCUCCACGGCGCUGGAGGAC